CCAAAAAAAAUCUGUCUUUUUCUGUCUUAGUCACUCUCUAACACCCACUCUUCGUCCUCCUCGGUUCGGGGACAAUGACAUUAUAAGGACAUGGAUACGCAUGGACAGAGCAUUCGUCAGUGAGUAGCAGGCAUGAUCCCUACCACCUUGGCAACUUGUCUGCCACUUUCUACGACUCACUUAUUCUGAGUGGUGAUCCAUCCAGGAACGGACCCUAACCUCUGGGAAUCCCCUUGUAGCCGGCUACAACGUCUACAGUCCCAACGAAGAAAACACACCAGUCCCCAGUUUUCAAAUCUCUUGUGAGGCCUGUGGAAUGCUCAGCCGAGGAACCUUAGUACGAGGUCUGGUCAUACUGGACCUUCAAAACUCACAGAGAUGCGGCAAUACUGUUGAUCCACGCACAACAGUGUUCGCCAUAUUUAGCGGAGUUCUCGAAGUUACCGAGAGUGAGGUCAGAGGUUGUUCCCAUUAAAGUCCAGCUGAGGAGAGUGGGUCAAGAGCCGCUUGAAGCUUUUGCUUGAGGAUGAACCCUGAAGUUACGGAUUUUUGGUGCUAAUGAAAAGAGAACGCAGACAACAGCGGCAAGUGUAUCCUUUAGCUAAACAAUUGCAAUAUGUGAUGGACUAAAAUUUACUCCGCAGAAGAUCCCAAAAACGAUCUGAACGACUUCAGCCACAACAGUGCCUUUCUUUACGUCCUCCAUUAGCAGACACUGAGACCCUACCCAUCAUGGACAUUUUUGGAGGAGCCCCCCGUGUCCUGGGCUACCCCCGUCCCGUGGUAGUGCAGUGCGGCAUCAACGCUACCCUUAAGUGCCAGAUUGGCGGAGACCCACGACCCGACGUGGUGUGGGAGCGUAAGAACGUCCAGAUCCUGUCCGAGGGACGCUACCAGAUCUCGGAGGAUGGGAAAGCCUACUUGCUCACCAUCUGCGCAGUGACUCUGCAGGACGCCGGUCAGUACACCUGCAAGGCCAGGAACAGUGUGGGUGAGACCUACGCAGCCGCGUCCCUCAAGGUGGAAGGAGCGGUCACUCCACAGCAGGAUGGGUCCACACAGGCGGGGGUACACAAUGGCACAAAGCCGUCGGGGAACCUUGAAGACGGGGAAUGGGGGGGACAGCUCAACGGCUACAUCAACGGACAACAAACCACGGCGGGGAACCUGAGUAGUACGGAGUCCAGAGUGCAGUUGAAUAGAGAAUGUGUGAAGAAUCCAAGCGCCGAGGUCGUGGACAAGCCAAUUCCCCAGGAGGAAGACUACGGACGCGUGGGCCUACCUGCAGACGACGCGGCGCACUUCCUCAUCAAGCCCAUCUCGUUGCGCGUGGACCGGGGGGAGGAUGCAGCCUUCUCCUGCAAGCUGUGGGGGACGCCGCUGCCCAAGGUGGUCUGGGAGAAGGACGGCAAGAAGCUUAACGACAUCUUUGAGAGCGCCCACUACAGCGUCAGCAUCCAGGAUGGCAACUGGUUCCAGCUCAAGAUCUUCCGCACGCGCUUGCCCGACAAGGGCGUGUACACGUGCCGCGCCGCCAACUGCCACGGCCAGGCCUUGGCAGGCGCCGUCCUGUUGGUGGAGGCGGUCCCAGAGCGAGGGGAGAGCAAGAAGUCAUCGGGCAAGCAGUGGUCUCCGAAGCAGGGGCGCGGCGGGAGACACAACCUGCUGAGGUACGCCGAGGAACCGUCGGAGAACGCCCCUAAGGUCAAGAAGUUUGCGGUCUCUGAGGGGAAGCACGCCAAGUUCCGGUGCUUUGUGACCGGGAAGCCAAAGCCCGAGAUCAUCUGGAAGAAAGACGGAGUGCCUCUAGAUGCCGGGAGGCGUCAUUACAUCUUUGAGGACAGAGAGGGCUACUACACUCUGAAGGUGCUGUACAGUAAGGUUCAGGACUCUGGGCUUUACGUUUGCGCCGCGUCAAACGCAUUGGGGAAUACGCUCAGCGCUGUUCAGCUGUCCGUCAAAGGUCCGGCGGUGCGCUUUAAGCAGUCGCUGACAGACGUGGAGGUGAGCGAGAGGGGCACGGCCGUGCUGGAGUGCGACGUGCCAGACGAGGUCAUGUCGGCGGCAUGGUACCUGGAGGACAAGCGACUGGCGGCCAGCAGUAAAUACGGCAUGGAGCAGAAGGGGACGCGGCGCCGGCUCACCAUCCGCGACGUGGGGGCGGACGACGACGGGGUGUACCUCUGUGAGAUGCCCGACGGUGGGAAGAGCAUCGCCGAGCUCACGGUGAAAGGGACAAUUGUUCGCAAACUCCCCCGCAAGCUGGAGGUGCUGGAGGGGGAGAACGCAGCGUUCUGCGUUGAGGUGGAGGCGGACGACCUGGAGGUCCACUGGUUCAAGGACAGCCUGAAGCUCCGCGAGACACACCAAACCAUCCUCAAGUCCUUCAACCAAACCCACGUCCUUGUGUUCAUCAACGUGGCCCACCAGGACACCGGGGUCGUGACCUUUGUGACGGGGCGAUCAAAGACAUCCUGCCGUCUCAAAGUGAAAGCUGCCCGGCACAGCCCCCCGAUCUGCCCUGUGGGGGUCCAGAUGGACGUGGAGUACCCCAACGGGGUGCUGCUCUCCUGGGUCCCUGUGUCCCCCUCCACUACUGCUACCACCCGCUCAAUCUUCGUGGUGGAGAGGCAGGAGGCCGGCUCCCAGGAGUGGAGCAAGUGCUUCACAUCCGAGACGGCCACCCAGGCGGAGGUGACAGGGGACAGCGUGCCCGUCGAGGGGAACUACCGCUUCCGUGUCUGCUGCAUCAACAAGUAUGGUCGCAGCGGCCAUGUUGAGUUCCCCAACGUUGUCCAUCUGGUUCCUGGGCCCAAGAUUCGCCAGCGGCUGCAGGGCUGCGAGGUGGCAGAAGGAGAGGAGGCUCGCUUCUCCCUAGAGCUGUCGGCCUCCCUCCCCGGCACAUGGUUCCUCAACAGCACCCAGCUGCAGCAGGGCGGGCGGUACGCCGUCCAGCAGGCCCAGGGCCAGCACUCGCUGGUCAUCGGAGAGACCCGCAUGGCCGACAAUGCGGCCGAGGUCACCUUUAUCGCCAACGGAAUACGGGACUUGGCCGUUCUCAAGGUCCAAACGGCCGAGGUGAAGUUCAGCCCCCAGUCAGAGCGGGACAGAGAGAAGACGGUGGCAUCCGGAGACGCCAUCGUCCUGUACUGCGAGGUGUCCCAUGCCUUCGCCCACGUCAGCUGGUUCAAAGACGGGGCGGAGCUUCAGGCCAACGACGGCCUCACAGUCCAAUCAGAGAGGAACAUGAGGAGGAUCGUCGUCCAAUCGGCCGAGGCGUCCGACUCUGGGGUUUACACCUGCAAGGCCGCGGGGGAUGUUGUUCAAUUCAACGUGCAGGUGGCAGUAACCGUAGCCACUCCUCAAAUCAACAAAUUCUACGACGUUCCCCAAGAGGAGAGAACGAAGGUCCACGAUCAAGGGGAACCCGUCACGCUUGAGUGCGACGUUACAAACCCUUACGCCCAGGUCUUCUGGUACAGGGAUGACGAACAGAUCUUCAACCAACCAGGGAUAUACUUGCUGGAGGCGGGGCAUAGAAGGUCACUGGUCAUCCAAUCGUCCGAGCUCUCUCACUCUGGAGUUUAUACGUGUCAAAUGGCAGACGAUGUUGCCAUUUUUCGGGUCGAGGUUAAAGGCCCGCCGGUGGAGUUCAGUCCCGUCCCAGAGGAAGACCUUCACAGGAGCUCCAUGGAGCUAGACCCGGUGGUGCUCCACUGCCAGGUCUCCAGCGCUGAUGCCGCCGUCGUGUGGCUGAAGGACGGCCGUGAGAUCCAGCCCAGUGAUAACUUCACCCUCCAGGCGGAGGGCGGUCUGCGGAGGCUGAUCAUCCGCUCGGCCGAGGUGGCCGACGCCGGCGCCUACACCUGCCACUGUGGCGACCGCAGCGUGGAGUUUGACGUCAACGUGAGAGAGCCCCCGGUGAUGAUCGUGGAGCCACGGGACGACGUGGUAAUGGACUGCCACACCCGCGACGAGGUCCUGCUGCAAUGCGAGCUGUCGCGUUCGACAGGCACGGUGCACUGGUACAAGGACGGCGCGCUGGUGGAGGAGGACAGCAACGUGCGGCUGGCUAGCGAGGGGCCGUACCGCCGGCUCAGCGUCCUGCACGCCGCACCAGGGGACUCGGGGGAGUACGUCUGCGACACGGACGGGGACUCCGUCUUCUUCCAGCUCACAGUCGCAGAGGCCCCGGUCCGGAUCGUGUCCCCCGAGGCCUCGGAGGUGGAGCUGACCCUGCGGCCGGCGGAGCGGCUGGAGCUGUCCUGCCAGCUGUCCCGGCUGAAUGCCCCUGUGCGCUGGUACCGGGACGGGCUGGAGGUGGAGGAGGGCCCCGGCCUGCUGCUGGAGGCAGACGGGGCCCGGCGGAGCCUGGUGGUCCCGGCCGUCUCCGGGGGCGACGGCGGGGAGUACGUGUGCGACACCCAGGAUGACUGCGUGGCCUUCCUGGUCACCGUCGCAGAGCCGCCGGUGAAGCUGGCCCCUCCCAGGGGGGGCUCUGGCGAGAGGCUGGAGGGCGUCUCCGGGGAGCCACUGGUCCUGGAGGUCCAGGUGUCCCGCCCCGGUGCCGUGGUCCGCUGGCUGCUGGACGGACUGGAGAUCCAUGAGAGCGCCAACGUCACCAUCACUGAGGAUAGGCUGAUCCGUCGCCUGACACUCCUCUCCCCAGCCCCGGGGGAUUCUGGGAAAUACACCUGCGACGCCGUCGACGACGUGAGGGACUUCCCGGUCAACAUUACAGAGGCCCCGGUGGGGAUCCUGGAUAAGGCGGAGAUGAAGCGGGAGCUGAGGUUCACCGUCUCCGACGACAUGGAGCUGGAAUGCGAGCUCUCGCGGGCCGACGCCGUCACCAGCUGGUACAAAGAUGGCCGCCGCGUGGAGGACGACGAGCGCUUCUGCCAGGAGGAGGAAGGGGCCUUCCGCUCGCUGGUGAUCCUCUGCGCAGAGCUGGCCGACGGCGGGGAGUACGUCCUGGACGUUGUCGACGACACCGUCACCUUCCUGGUGACCGUGGAGGAGCCGCGGGUCUCCAUCGUGGGGAACUCGGACGUGGCCGACUACCAGGAGAUGGUCUCCGGGGAGGACCUGAUCCUGGCCUGCGAGGUGUCCCGGGCCAAUGCGCCCGUCCAGUGGUACUGCAACGAGCGGCGGCUGACCGGCGAUGACCACACCAUCAUCCAGACCUCCGGCACGCUGCGCAAGAUCAUCGUCUCCAACGUCCAGGCGGCUGACUCCGGGAAGUACGUGUGCGACGCCGUGGACGACAAGAUGGUCAGCAUCGUGCGGAUCCAAGAGCCUCCGGUCACCUUCGUGGACAAGAAGGAAGAUAUGGUGUUGACGGGCUACGAGGCCGAAAGCGUCUCCCUGACCGGGGUGGUCUCAAAGGAGACAGCCGCGGUGCGCUGGCUCCGGGACUGGACCAGCGUCGAGGGCGAGCGUUUUCACCACGCUGUGGACGGGAACACACGCACGCUGACCAUCGAAUCGCUGCGGCGCUCGGACGCCGGGGAGUACACCUGCGACGUUGGCUUGGACCAGAUCCACUUCAGCCUACUGGUCAAAGGAAUGAGGAUCAAGUUCCUGACACCGCUGCGAGAUACGGUGGCGCAUGCUGACGGCAUGAUCACCCUGCGCUGCGAGGUGUGCCGGCCCAAGGCCGACGUCCAGUGGCUAAGGAACGGCGUGGAGGUGGUGCCGGGCCGGCGGUUUUCCGUGCGGGCCGACGGGGUGGAGCGCAGCCUGACCAUCCACCGGCUCACCGCCGAGGACGCCGGGGAGUACGUUUGCGAGUCCCUGGACGACCGCACCGUCGCUACGCUCACCGUGGAAAUGCCGCGGGUGGUGGAGUUCCUCACGGAGCUCCACAACACCACAGUGCUGGAGGGCGAGGACGCCACCUUCAAGUGCGUGGUGUCCCCUGAGGACGUGCAGCUGGUCUGGCUCAUGGACAACGAGGCCAUCGCCGCCGGCGACCGCUUCCAGGCCAGCAGCAACGGCCUUUGCCACACCCUGGUGAUCAAGAAGUGCCAGAUCCUGGACAACUCGCGCAUCACGGCGGAGGCAGAGGGUGUGAUGAGCAGGUCCAGCCUCAAAGUGCAGGAAGCCCAGGUGAUGUUCACCAGGCGGAUGGAGGCCGUGAUGGGGGAGGAGUUUGGCGAGGCUGUCCUGGAGACGGAGGUGAGCCUGGACACGGGUGAGGUGCAGUGGAUGCGUCAGGGUGUGGUCAUCCAGCCGGGACCCCGGCACGCGCUGGCGCAAGAUGGAUGCACGCGGCGCCUGACGGUCCGCAACCUGAGCCUGGCGGACCGCGGCACGUACCGCUGCGAGACGCUGCACGACCGCACGCAGGUCAAACUCAACGUGGAGCCUCGUAAGAUCUCCAUGCACAAGGCUCUGGGUGACCAGGAGACGUUUGAGCGGGAGACAGCGUCCUUUGAGGUGGAGCUGUCGCAUGCCGACGUGGAGGGGGUGUGGCAGAAGGACGGCAUCCGCGUCAAGCCCAAUAACCAAUGGCGCGUCAGCAGCAACGGGCUGGUGCAUGGCCUGACCCUUUCCAACCUGACGCUGGAGGACAGCGGCACCAUCAUGUUCUCAGGGGAGGGUGUCCGCACUUCCGCCCGGCUCACCGUCAAAGAGACGCCGGUGUCAUUGGUGAAGAAGCUGGGAGACGUCCGCGUGGAGGAGGGGUCUCCGGUGCCCCUGGAGUGUGAGUUCUCCAGACAGAACGUGGAGGUCAAGUGGCUCAAGGGCGAGGUGGAUCUGAAGCCAGGGAAAAACUGCCGGAUCUACUCCAUGGGGAGGAAGAGGUACUGCCAGCUGCUGGAAGCCUCGCUGGCCGACGCCGGCACCUACCACUGCGACGCCGGGGACAUCAGCACCUCCUGCUGCCUCGAGGUCUACGAACAUGCUAUGGAGAUCGUCCAGGAGCUGGAGGACCUGUGUGUGGUAGAGGACCAGAACGCGGUCUUCAUGUGCGAAGUGUCCCUGGAGCAGGUGGGCGGCGAGUGGUGGAAGGACGGCCACAAGAUCCGGCCCACCAGCACCGUCAAGACCCGCACCGAAGGGACGAAGCACUUCCUGUUGAUCUGCAAUGUCACCGCGGACGACUCAGGAGAGAUCCGCUUCGUCGCCAAGGACGUGGAGUCCACCGCCUACCUGGAGGUUGAGGAGCUCCCGGUGUCCAUCGUGAAGCCGCUGCGUGACCGCACAGCGCUGGAGAAGCACCGGGUCAUCCUCGAGUGCAUCGUGUCCACGCCGCGCGCAACGGCCGCCUGGUACUGCGGUGGCGUGGCGCUGGAGCCCAGUGAGAGGCUGGAGUUGCUGGCCGACGGCUGCUCGCACCGCCUGGUCAUCAAACAGGUGGCGCUGGGGGACGAGGGCCACUACCGCGUGGAGGUUGGCAAGCACAGCUCCGAGGCCCAGCUUCUGGUGGAAGCCCAGGAGCUGGUGAUGGUGCGGGAGCUGGAGGACGUGGAGGUGAGGGCCCCUGACGCAGCCUGCUUCCGCUGCGAGGUGUCGGUGGCCAUCGACAAGCCGCCAGCCUGGACGCUGAACGGGGAGGUGCUGCAGUCCGGGCCCCUGGUGCGCGUGGAGAGCCAGGGCACGGUGCACAAGCUCACGCUGAAGCAGACCGACGAGGACAUGAGCGGCGCGGUGCGGUUCACCACCGGGAAGGCCCGCAGUAGCGCCACUCUGAAGGUCUGCCCGGAGUAGUGCCCGCCCUGAGGGUCCGCCUGGAGUAGGGCCACCCUGAGGGUUUGCCCGGAGUAGUGCCACCCUGAGGGACGGCCGGAGUAGUGCCACCCUGAGGGUCCGCCCGGAGUAGUGCCACCCUGAGGGACGGCCGGAGUAGUGCCACCCUGAGGGUCCGCCCAGAGUUGCAGCGGGGACACAGUGGGGGAAAUUGAAAGUGAAAAAGGACUUGUGGAUGGCGUGAAAAAGUGGAGGGGUGGUUGUGUGCUGGUUGUUGUGGCUAGGAAGGGAUGCCCAUAGGAUGACCUUUAAACUGGUUAUUAUUCAAGAAAAACAUGUAAAAAGACAUAGGUUUGAAGGUUUGGAUUAAAUGAAAUACAAUCUGAAUGUGAAAUGUGAAAUACCAUGAGAGGUUUGUUUUAAGUUAAACACCAUCUGAACGAUAGACCUUAAAAUACUUUAAAUUAAUUUGCUGGCGUUUUCUGUAUGUUUUUGUGUUUUAUUUAUUAGGAUUGAAAAAUAAAAUCGAUAAAAAUAUAUAUAUUCAUAUUCAAUUA